AUGGCUAGGAUUGGAGAAAUUCUAGAUUAAGAAGAAAGAAGCGAAGUUUAGAUUCCAGAAGAAGAAGAAAAUGGAGAUUUAUUCAAUGACAAAGCAACAUAAAAGUUCAUCGAAACUCUUGCCAAAAUAAAAUAUAAACAUCCAGAAAUUUAUUGA